AUGCCCCCUCGCACCAAGUCGAGCACCUCCAGGGCCGCCUCGGCCCCAAAGGCCAAGCCCUCGUUCGGCGCGCCGACCAAGAAGGCGCUCGCCGCCGCUGGACCCGCCGGCAAGGCCGCCGCCAUCGUGCGCCACAACAGCGGGACGCCGCCCGUCGUCACGGCCGAGGUCAACAAGAAGGAGCUCGGGCCCUCGAGCAUCGCGGGCUGUUACCCGGGCCUGUACAAGAAGGCCAAGCGCCUCAUGGGCAAGCCGAUCCACGCCGACGAGAUGGACGACAUCGAGAUCAUCCUGCGCGUGUUUGACGCCGAGGAGGAGUACGGGCCGUGCAGCCGCAUCAGCCGCCUCGAGCGCUUCGAGCGCGCCCAGAAGCUCGGCCUCAACCCGGACCCCGAGAUUGGCGAGAUCCUGCGCUCCGAGGACGCCAAGCAGCGCAACAGCGGGUCGUCGAGCUAA